AUGGCCGAAUCAGCAUCCAAGCGCGUCAAGACCACGGGCAACGGUCCUCUCAUCGGCACUCACAAUGGUCACUUCCACGCUGACGAGGCCCUCGCCGUCCACAUGCUCCGCCGUCUCCCCGCCUACCGCGAUGCCUCUCUUGUCCGUACCCGCGACCCUGCCGUCCUGGCUACCUGCCACACUGUUGUCGACGUUGGCGGUGAGUACGACGCUGAGAAGCGCCGUUUCGAUCAUCAUCAGCGCGGUUUCACAACUACCUUUCCCGGUCGCCCUACAAAGCUCUCCAGCGCCGGUCUUGUCUUCCUGCACUUUGGCCGCGCCAUCGUUGCUGAGCGCCUUGGACAACCCGAGGACUCUGCCGACGUUGAAUUGAUUUACGAGAAACUGUACGAGAACUUCGUUGAAGCCCUCGACGCCCACGACAAUGGUAUUUCUGUUUUCGACCCUGCGGGUAUCGCCGCUGCAGGUCUUGAGAAACGCUUCAGCGAUGGCGCCUUUGGCCUUGGUGCCAUGGUCGGACGUCUGAACCCCAAGUGGAACGACCCUACGCCAUCUGAUCCCGCUGAGGCUCAGGCAGCUGAGGAUGCCAAGUUCAACGAGGCCAGCAACCGCAUUGGCGAGGAGUUCGACAGAGAUCUUGACGGCUAUGCCGGUUCUUGGCUCCCUGCCCGCACCAUUGUCCAGGAAGCCUUCACCAAGCGCACACAAUACGACGAGCAGGGCCGUCUUCUUGUCCUCGAAGGCCAGUCUGUGCCCUGGAAGGACCACCUCUAUACUCUCGAGGACGGUACUCCUUCGGUGCUCUACGUUUUGUACGCUGAGAAGCCUGAGCCUGGCGCCAAGUGGCGUAUCCAGUGCGUUCCUGAGAGCAAGGACUCAUUCGUCAGUCGAAAGCCCUUGCCCGAGGCAUGGAGAGGAUUCCGCGAUGCUGAGCUAGAUGGCAUCAGUGGCAUUCCUGGCUGCGUCUUUGUCCAUGCAGCUGGCUUCAUUGGUGGCAACAAGACUUUCGAGGGUGCCAAGCAAAUGGCGCUCAAGGCUCUGGGUCCUUAA